UUUAACGGAGCCCACAUCCCCGCCGGCACAACUUUCUUCAUGAACGCCUGGGCCGCCGACUACGACGAAUCCCACUUCCAAAACGCCCAACAAUUCCUCCCCGAGCGCUAUCUCAACCUUAGCGAAGGCUCCGGCACCCCGCACUACGGCUACGGCGCUGGCUCACGCAUGUGCGCCGGCUCGCACCUCGCCAACCGCGAGCUGUACGUCGCAUAUGUCCGAUUGAUCUCGGCAUUCACAAUGCACCCGGCGAAGAACCCGGCUGAUCGGCCAAUUCUGGAUGCGAUUGAGUGCAAUGCGAUUCCGACGGCGCUGACGACGGAGCCGAAGCCGUUCAAGGUGGGCUUCAAGCCAAGGGAUACGGAGUUGGUGAAGAAGUGGAUUGCGGAGAGUGAGGAGAAGACUAAGGACCUUUAG